GAGUGAGAGAGAGGAGGGAGUCACUCCGAGCUCCGCUGACAUUCCCAACAAGCAUUGCAGGGGAGAAAACUGUGUGUGUGAUAUACAGCAACAACAAAAAAAAAAAAAGUGAGGGUGUGUGUGUGUGAAAGAGGCUUUAAGAGUGUAACACACACACACUCACACACACAACUCUGAGCUCUGGGCUUCGGUGCGGCUGCAGGACAGAAAGCUGCCUUCAGUGUCGAGGUGGAAACUGAAAAGAAGAAGAGGAGAAAGUUGCUCUCAGUGGCUGGUGUCUGAUCUGUUUCAUUUCUACCACAGGGAGACAAGAAGAAGAAUUAAAAGUAGCAGAAGAAGAAAAGAGGCCAACAUGUCCCACGCUCUGCUGAGGAGAAACUCCAGCAAACAGGGUUUACAAAACCUGAUGAGGCUGACGGCUCAGAGGAGCAUCGAGGAUGCUGAGGAGGUGGAGAGGGAGCGUCGCCGAAGAGCUCGUGAGGCUUCGCGCUGGACGAACGGCGGCUCGCUGCCCGGAGAGUCUUCACCGGAGAACGAGACGCCGGCAGAGGAGAGCAUGUACGACGGCGGCCUGAAGCCGAGCAGCUCGCCAACUCUGGAGGAGGACGAAGGCUUCAGCGACUGGACUCAGCGCAGAGAGAGACGGAGGCAGCAGCGCCUGCAGGAGCUCAGCCAGGGUGGCGAGGAGGACGAGGACGAAGAGGAGGUCAUGAUAAACAAAGCUGUACCUGUAAAGACCGUCCAGGCCUCGGUCACGUCCUCCAGCCGACUACAGAGACGGGAGCAGGUAGAGGUAGACAGGACCGUGGAGAUAGAGAGGAAAGAGGAACACGAGGAGGAGGCGAUUCAAGCAGAGAGGGUGAGGAGGGAGAAAGAGAGGGAGGAGGAAGACAAGAGGAAGAGGGAGGAGGUGAUGACCAGGAGGAAGGAGAUUCAAAGGCCGAAUACAGAGGUGGAGAAAAGAAAAGAAGUUAAAAUCUCCUACACAUCGAAGGUUUUCCUUCACCAAGAGCCGAAACACGGCAACGCCAAUGGAGACGCAACCAAUGAGGAAGUGACGUCAUACAUGAACAACAAGACAAAAAGGUCCACCAGCAGAGCCAUGGAGCCGGAGGAGGCGGAGGCCAUCCUGGAGACGGAGCAGCGUCUGGAGAAGAUCCGGCAGAGCCUCAAGCAGAAGGAGAGCCAGGGGCUAGAGCAGCUGAGACACCGACAGGCCGAGGCCGAGCAGGAACUGGAGGAGCUGAAGAGGAGAAGGGAGGAGAGGCGUCGAGUCCGGGAGGAAGAAGAGCGUCGGAGGGAGGAGGAGGAGCACCAACGGCUGGCCAAAGAGGAGGUGACUGAGGAGAGGAGGCGGAUGAAGGAGGACAUCGAGAGGAGGAGGAUGGAGGCAGCAGAGAGGAUGAAGAGCCUGAGUACGUCCAGUGUGGACGGAGACGAGAUGUUCAGUCCCUUCAGUCCCAAAGCUCCCACACACAAGAUCACGGAGAGAACGGAGUCGCUGAACCGCUCACUGAAGAAAAGUAACAGCUUUAAGAAGACGCAGCCUCUCGUCCUGCUGCCCAAGAUCGACGACAAGCUGGAGCAGUACGCUCACGCUGUGGAGAACUCCCAGGAGGCCCGGGCAGUGAAGGCAUCGCUGACCGAUCUGCCCAGCUCACCUGAGGUCGUCGCCUCCAAGAAAAACCUGUUUGAGGCCGGAGAAGCCUGGAGCCAGAGUCCCACCAAGGGAGUGACCUGCAAGGACACUGAGGGGUUGAAGGUGGGCGUGGCCAACCUGAUCACUCAGUGGGUGAAGGGUCCGUCUGACGGCAGCAGACAGUCGCUCUGCAGACCGACAGAUGUGAAGGCUGGAGAUGUGAUGCAGAAAAAGAACAUGUGGGAAGUGAUUGGAGACUCAUCAGGGCAGCAAAGGGCCAAGGGCUCGGCAGCUGGUAAAAAGUACAAAUUUAUCGUCACUGGUCACGGCAAAUAUGAGAAGAUACCCGUGGACGACGAGAACGGAGGAGAGUCUGAUUCAUAUCAUGGUGAUUACUGAGGAGGUGUCGUCUCUUCAGGUGGUUUCCACCUUGGUCUCACAAAAACAUCUGCUGGCUACAAAGACGUCAAACAGAAGCUGCAGUUACUGACUCAAUAUUUCAUUUAUAUCCAAUAAAUCACUUUUCUGACUCUCGGUUGGACAAGUACAAGCCAACAGCUCAAGCCCAAAAAAUUGGAUCAUCAAAUGUUUAUAUUUGUUCAAUUUCCUCUUUCCUUUUGUAUUUUCUGUUUCUAUUAUUAUGUAUAUAUCUGACUGUGAGCCUCAAUGUUUCUGUAUUCUUCUCCACUGCAGUGUUUAAGUGAAUCAUUCCCAAUGUCUGGUUGAUCCUUGUGUGAUGGUGUGUAGGGAAACUUAAAAGUCUUUUGAAUAGAAAAGGUUUACAUUUUCCAAUCAUGUAGAAUUAAUGGAUCACACUAUGUUGUGUUGUGUUUGGCUAAAGAACAAUCGGAAACAGUUGAGCUCGGGAGGGACAUACUUUGUCAAAAACUGUAAAAGUUUUAAAGUUUAUACAGAUGAUAAAAAAUAACACUGAAAGUAUGAAAACUGAGUUUAUCAUCUCUUGGCUCACUUGGUGCAGCCAUGUACCCAAAAUGACAUUUAUUUGGUAUCUGUUACUUCUCAAUAACCUUUUAGCAUGCAGACACCUGAUCUAUACAAUCAAACUCUAUUUCCUGUGUGAGUUUUUAUCGGCUCUGUCUCUGUACUACUGCAGACAUUUUUCACCUUUGAUAUCCAUUAACUGAGAUUUCUGAUUGUAUGUGUUUAUAACCCCUUUUCUUAAAUAAAUUAAAAUAAUUUUCUA